AUGGCUCAUAUAUCCGUUACUGACACCCAUUUCCGUGUCCUGGGAAUUCCACGUGGUUGUGAUGAGACGGCGCUGCGCAAAGCCUUCCGACAGAAGGCCCUCGAUCUUCACCCCGAUAGGAACCCAAAUGGCGCGGAUGAGUUUAAGAAAGUAAAUGAAGCGUACGAGGCCUUGCAGCAGCAUUUCCGUCGUAAUGGAGGCCGUGAUGUGUUACCUCAUGCACCACCCUCCAAUGCAGGCACCGGCUUUCAAUACGCCCGACAGGCGCGGGAACCGCCGUGCCACUUCACAGAGGAGGAACUGUUUGGAUGUUCCCCCGGUGGUUUCUCCCAUGAGCGUCGGGGUUACGGGGCGAAAUGUUAUGCGCGGUUUGGUGGAAGACGGUGGCAAGCCAGCGGCAACAGCGGUGAUAACAACGUCGGUGGUGGUAUCGAUUUAGACGGCGGCUCCAUGCCUUUUGGGGGUUUUCCUGUUGGAUCAAAGGAGGAGCAUCAACGCGUGGAUGAGCGUUGGCGUCAAGCCCAUGGCAGGCGAGUACCUGUCAGCGGUUAUUCUUACGCCCGUGGUGGUGCUGCCUCAUGCCACGCGAGGUCUCACCCAUUUUCUCAUAAUCAUAAUCAACAACAGCAACAACAACAACAGCGGCCACCACAAUCCUCUUCACCUCCAUUUAAUGGUGCAAGUGGAAGUCCAAUGACAGAACCCAAACCAAAUGGAGGUGAGAAAGCGAGAGGAACAGGGGAGGGAAGCAGCAGCGCUGGUGGUGGUGCCGCAGGCAGCAAUGACAAAAGUUACACUCAUGCAAGCAGCAGCCCUCCUUCUUAUGACGGGUCUUAUACUCAACAACCUAAUGAGAAGAGGAUGAGCAGCGAUGAGUUGUAUCGGGAAUGGGAGCGACUCAUGCGAGAAUUUGAUAGCAAAACAUCCGCAACAGGUGGAGCAUUCCGCGACCCAUGUGAAUGGGAAUGGGACAACAGCGAUACUAGCGUCGUCAGUGAUGGUGAAGAUAGUCAAGACACGGAUGAUGAUGAUAAUGAUGAUGAUGAUGGUGAGGAGAAUUAUGUUGUUAACAAGAAGAAACACCCCGCUUCUUCAAGUAGCCGCCGGGCGAGGACGUGCUCUAGUCGCUUUAGUGAGCGUAACAGGUUGAAUGAAACCCACAUGCGUAGUAUCAUUGAGGAGAAGAUUCAGUUAAAAAAGAUACUUUUCACCCAACGUUACACUCCGGACCCUGCGGAUGUGGCGCUAAUGAGCGAUAAUGAAGUUUAUGUAUUAUGCGAGGUGCUUCGUGAUGUGGAGCAGCGUAUGCAAAAGGUGCUUGUAGGUCGCCUGACUAAAGGUCUUUGUAGCCGCUGCAUGAAGGCUCCGAAGAUGCAGGGCUCAAAAUUAUUCACUUGUGGUCACGCAUCCGUUUGUUCUGAGUGCGCAUGCACGUGCGCGGUAUGCCCCAUUUGUGCGGCUACGAGUCGUCGUUAA